AUGUUUAAGGAAUCGGGACCGCAAGCUGCAGACGUGUCCCUCUACCUGCACGCCGAGCUCUUACCCAACAUCCGCCAAAUCACCCUUUAUGUCUCGCUCCCCCAAACUCCGGCGGUAGAAGGGAUCCGACCGGUUAUUACGUUGUCCGAAUCAUGCAAAUCUGUCACUGUCUCGCUACCUGGGCCACUUGAUCAUGUGACCGAGACUAUCAAGCUGCCUGCACGCGUCACUGACGCGACGCGACGGUCCUUGAACAUCAACACAGCUGCAACAUCAGUCCCUGGCCCUAGGCAGCUUACGGGCUCCAGCCAUGAUUACUCAGUCAGAAUGCAGAUUGACGCUAGUGACCCGGCGCUGGCACCCCGGGAUGAACUAAUGGAUGAUUACGUCCCCUGGACAGCAGCAGAUAUGUCCUCUGCGACACGCAUUCGAUGUCGUGAAUGUGGCACUUGCUUUCUGAUAGAAUCAGGCUACGAUGGCAUUCCUGAGCAGGGCGAUCGCAAGGGCUCACUGGGAUGGAUCUGGAAGGACCUGCCGAGUGGAAACUGGGCCGAGAUGAUGGACUUUUGGCAUUGCCACAAGCCUGAUCCCCACGAAGACGAUGCCGAGUCUGAAGCCACCACAGCUCACCGAUUAGAAGAUCAAAAUGCUCAGAUUAAGGGGUACGGGGCCUCCAAUCGCGUAGAGGCCAUCGCCGGGACUGUUCUUAUCGACGUGGCCACGUUUCUACUUUCAGAGUCGGAUUGCGUGAAUCUGAAAAAGGGCAAUGAAGAGGAGAUGAGGACUAACCCGAAGGUAUCUGCUCAAAGAACUUUGGAUUGUGUGAAGUGUAACGCGAUCGUGGGCAUGGAAGACCCAUCAGCCAAUGGCUGGAGACUCCUCAAAGCAAACGUGUCGUUAAACACCCGCACCUCGAGUCUCGACAAGGGCGAGGAACAAUGGCAGACCCACCCAGCGCAAAUCAUUGUUGCUGCACAACUGCUGGAACUUAUUGAACGGGAAAGUGCCCGGCGUUUCGUGGUUCACUGCGGGCAGAAAAGCGGGUUAUUGCUUUGGGUCUUCAACCCAGAUCUGCGGUACUCCAACUCGAGUAUCGGCCAUAGUGUCAACGCCCAACCAGCGAUGAAAGUGUUCUUUCAGGAGACGGGGGACGUUGAUAAGCUUCUUGCUCCAGAGAUUGGGAACCCCUCGCCUCUGUCUGUCGAGGAGCUGGAACUGCCUUCCAUGAUCUACGAUACGUUGUCUGAUGCGCUUCGUGGAAGUAAUCAGAUGCUACCUCCUACCGCGAGGCGAUUCAAUGAAUGGCACGUUGGACUGCUGAAUCGUUUCAGUCGGACCCAAGCAGCGUGA